UUCUCUUAGAGAAAGAUGUCUUCCUCUUUGUCCAAGAUUAAUUCAGUCACCUGUUCUGUGUAUACCGCAGACCUCUUCUGCCUCCUUCGGGAUUGUGCCAUCAGGGAAAACGCUCUAGCAAGUGCUGAUUUAGAAGAAGAAAUUCAUCAAAAACAGGGACAAAAAAGGAGUAAUUCUCAAUCUGGUAUUAAAGUAGCAGAUAAAAAAGCACCUGAUGAUGUAGAUCACACAGUUGUAAAUCAAAGAAAGAAAAUUGAAAUCAACCAAGAAGAGGAGAGAUUAAAGAACGAGAGAACUGUGUUUGUUGGGAAUUUGCCUGUCACCUGUAACAAGAAGAAGCUGAAGUCAUUUUUCAGAGAGUAUGGACAAAUAGAAUCUGUACGAUUUCGUUCUCUGGUAUGUGUUCUCCCCACCUUGAAAUUGCAAAUCUUAAAAUGUAUUGCAUUUAAGUCAGACUUAUUAACAUGUUGGUAUUAGUGAGAUGGAGAAGCACAACCUUUUGAAUCAACAGGUUCAAAUCUAGCCCAAGAGAAGAGGUGCUCUUAGUAUAUAGUGCUGACACUUGGACUCUGUUCAUAAUUUGAUGAGUUCACAUAGUGAAAUGAUAUCGUUGUUGGAGGGUGGAUGUGUGACUUUUGUUUGCAGAACAGUAAUACAUGUUGGGAUGCCUGGGUGGCUCAGUCGGUUAAGCAU